GGAGACAGGACAGCAGGCGAAACCAGCUCCGAGCCAUGGACCCAGGACCUAGCGCCCUGGAUUCUGGGACCCUGGAGGCCAAAGAGCAACAGACCUGCGGGGCUGCAGGACUCCACAAGGACACCACCGAGACCGCAAAGUUGACCAAGAAGAAAGCUACUCAGAAGAGGCAGAGGAGCAGGUCUUCAUCCCCGGCCCAAAGGAACAUCGUGGGCUGCAGAAUUUCUCACGGGUGGAAGGAAGGAGAUGAGCCCAUCUCCCAGUGGAGAGGAACUGUUCUGAGUCAGGUGCCUAUAAAGCCCUCUCUCUAUCUGGUGAAAUACGAUGGCAUUGACUGUGUCUAUGGACUGGAACUUCAUAAAGAUGAGAGGAUCUUGUCCCUUAAAGUUCUCUCUGACACAGUAGAACCAUUCCAAGUCCCCGAUCCCAGCCUUGCUGAUAGCAUAAUUGGCAAGGCAGUGGAACACAUGUUUGAGGGUGAGCAUGGCUCUAAGAAUUCAUGGAGGGGGAUGGUCCUGGCCCAAGCGCCUAUCAUGAACGCCUGGUUUUAUAUUACCUAUGAGAGAGACCCCAUCCUGUACAUGUACCAGCUUCUGGAUGAUUAUAAAGAGGGUGACCUCCGUAUCAUGCCAGAGCUCGAUGAGGAUCCCCUACUAGAUGUGGACCCGGAACUUAUGGAUGGUCUGUUAGGCAAACAUGUGGAAUAUACCAAAGAUGAUGGCUCCAAAAGGGUCGGCAUGGUGAUUCACCAAGUCGAAGCCAGACCAUCUGUGUACUUCAUCAAAUUUAGCGAUGAUUUCCAUAUCUAUGUCUAUGACUUGGUGAAAAAUUAUUAG